AUGGGGCCCAGCCCAGGCCACUAUCGGCCCUCGGGGCCCAGCCAAGGCUCCUGCAACCGGCAGAUAAGGACCCUGGCCCCACAUAUCCGGUGCUGCCCAGCGCACCCCGCGGCGGAGAUGCUGCGGCGGCGGGCGGCGGAGCCGGGCCCGGGGGAGCCGGACCCCGCGGCCGAGCCGGACCCCGCGGCCGAGCCGGAGCCGCCGGGGGAGGCGGAGCUGCGGCGACUGUGCGCCUCGCGGGCCCCGGCGCGCGCGCUGCCCUACGCCCUGGCGGACCGGCGCCUGCUGCGGCAGCUGCGGGCGCCCGCGGGCGCGGGGCGUCGGGGGGCCGCGGGCCGGCGGCUGCGGGAGGCGGCGCGCGCGCUGGCGCGGGGCUGCGGGCUCUGGGAGGCGGCGCUGGCCGAGAUCGGGGGCCUCUUCGGCACCGGGAUCCAGUCCUACUUCACCUUCCUGCGCUUCCUGCUGCUGCUCAACCUGCUGACCCUGCUGCUGACCACCGGCGUCGUCCUGCUGCCCCUGCUCUGGCUCGGCCCCCCGGACCCCCGCCCCGCCUUCAACCUGACCGCCCAGUGCCCCAGCGGCCACCAGCCCCAGGCUGGAGCCCCGAAGUUCCACAACCCGCUCUGGAGCGUCUUAACUGGCAGGGCCUUCAACGACACCUACCUCUUCUACGGCACCUACCGGGCAGGGCCCGAGGGCAGCUCGGCCUACAGCAUCCGCCUGGCCUACCUGCUGAGCCCGCUGGCCUGCCUGCUCCUCUGCUUCUGCGGGACGCUCCAGCGGAUGGUGAAGGGGCUGCCGCAGAAGCUGUUCCUGGGCCAGGACUACAGGUCGCCCCUCAGCGCCAAGGUCUUCUCCUCCUGGGACUUCUGCAUCCACGGCCGGGAAGCGGCCGCCAUCAAGAAGUACGAGAUCAGCCACGAGCUAAGGGUGGCCCUGCAGGAGCGGCGGCACUUGGCGCUGGUGCGGCAGCAGUCCCGGGCCCGGCGGGCCUGCCUCCUGCUCAGCUACCUGCGGGUCAACGUCCUCAUCGCGGCCCUGGUGGCCGGGGCCAUCAGCGCCAUCUUCUGGGCCACCAAGUACUCGCAGGACAAUAAGGAGGAGCCGCUGCUCCAGUACCUGCCCCCGGGGGUCAUCGCCCUGGUUAACUUCCUGGGCCCCCGGCUGUUCGUGUUCCUGGUCCAGCUGGAGAAAUAUCCCCCCAACACCGAGGUCAACCUGGCCCUGGUCUGGUGCGUGGUGCUGAAGCUGGCCAGCCUGGGCAUGUUCUCCUUCUCGCUGGGCCAGACCGUGCUGUGCGUCGGCAGGAACGGGACCGGCUGCGAGCCCUUCGGCUACGACGCCUGCGAGUACCAGUGCUGGGAGAACGCGGUGGGGGAGGAGCUGUACAAGCUGAGCACCUUCAACUUCCUGCUCACCGUGGCCUUCACCUUCCUCGUCAGCCUGCCCAGGAGGCUGCUGGUGGAGCGGUUCUCGGGCCGGUUCUGGGUCUGGCUAGACCGGGAGGAGUUCUUGGUGCCCAAGAACGUGCUGGACAUCGUGGCGGGACAGACGGUCACCUGGAUGGGCCUCUUCUACUGCCCCCUGCUGCCGCUGCUCAACAGCGUCUUCAUCUUCCUCACUUUCUACCUCAAGAAGUACACGCUCCUCAGGAACUCCAGGGCGUCCUCCAGGCGAUUCCGAGCCUCCAGCUCCACCUUCUUCUUCCAGCUGGUGCUCCUCCUCGGCCUGCUUCUGGCCGCCUUGCCCCUGGGCUACGUGGUCAGCAGCAUCCACUCCUCCUGGGACUGCGGCCUCUUCACCAACUACUGCCCCUGGCAGGUGGUCCCCGAGCUGGUGGCCCUCCGGCUGCCCCCCGCGGGCCAGCUCGUCCUCCACUACCUCAGCUCCCACGCCUUCAGCUUCCCCCUGCUCAUCAUGCUCAGCCUCGUGCUGACCGCGAGCGUGUCCCAGGCCCGGGCCGGCGCGAGGGCCGUGCAGCAGCUCCGCAGGCAGCUGGCGUGGCAGGUCCAGGAGAAGUGGCACCUGGUGGACGACCUGUCGCGGCUGCUGCCCGAGCAGUGUCCCGGCGACUCCCUGGGGCCCGGGUCCCCUCGCCGCCGAGCUUCGCGCCCCCUGUCCCUCUGCCCCGGGUUCCCGUGCCCCGGCUCCCCAGGGCCCAGGCCCCCCAGCCCCGGACCUUCCCUGCGCUCCCCGGGCCCCGGGCCGCAGGAUGCCCCUGAGCCCAGCUGGAGAUUCCGCUUCCCCAGCGGCUCGGAGCAGUAG